GCUGAGGGUAAAAUAAAGCAUGUGAAUCCUGUUUCUGCCGUGUUUUUGGCAUAUUUUAAACAGUUUUACUCACUUUGUAUAUAAUCUUGGCCUGCUUUUGCUGUCUGGAUACGCAAGCUUGAUCAUUUGUGAAUAAGCUGGUUCAGCUCUGACUGGAGAUGAAACCGGAGCACCAGGAUCUCAUCCUGCAGGCGUGCGGUGCUUCGUCCCUGCGUGUCGGUGCAAACAUCCAGACGCUGUGGAGCGGUUACGGGGAGAUCGUCCGGCUGCACCUGGAGGGCUGCGACCGGCCGUCUGUGGUCGUCAAACACGUCAAGUUUCCAGCGGAGGCCGAGCACCCUGGAGGCUGGAACACGGACCGCUCGCACGCACGUAAAGUGAGAUCCUACCAGGUGGAGACACACUGGUACCAGAACUACUCCACCAAUCAGAGCUGUCGGAUCCCCGCCUGCCUGGCUGCUUGUUCCCAUGGAGACGAGAUGCUGAUCGUGCUGGAGGAUCUGGACGUGGCUGGUUAUGAUCUGAGAAGGACCAGUGUGAAGGACAGAGAAAUAAAGGCGUGCCUCAGCUGGCUCGCUCACUUUCACGCUCUCUUCCUGGGCGUGGCACCAGGCGGCCUGUGGCCUGUCGGCACCUACUGGCACCUGGAGACCCGACCGGACGAGCUGGAGGUCAUGGACGACGUCGAGCUUAAAGCAGCAGCCGGCGACAUCGACAGGACGCUCAACGAAUGUCGCUUCAAGACCGUCGUCCAUGGAGACGCCAAGCUAGCCAACUUCUGUUUCUCCCAGAGCGGAUGGGAUGUGGCGGCCGUAGACUUCCAGUAUGUCGGCGGAGGCUGUGGGAUGAAAGACGUUGUGUAUUUUUUAGGAAGCUGCAUGGAGGAGAGGGAGUGUGAAAAGAGAGUACCAGACCUGCUGGAUUUUUACUUCACUGAAUUAAAGGAAGCUGUGAGCAAAGACGUGGACUUUGCUGCUCUGGAGACAGAGUGGAGGGAGAUGUUUGCGUUUGCGUGGACAGAUUUUCAUCGUUUCCUGCUGGGAUGGAGUCCUGGACACUGGAAGAUCAACCGUUACAGUAAAAAGCUGACCAAGGAGGUUCUCCGCAAACUGAAACUGUGACCAGACCCAAAAAAUCUUAACUUCAGAAAACCAGAGAACUGAGUGUGUAGCUGGAAGGUGACCGACACAAACCUGAAAAUGAAUAAAAGACUGUGGAAAUGGA